CUGAGAGCGUAUCCUCUGCGGGAAAAGUGGGCGUGGCCUAGGGGGGAAAUCGCAGAGAACACACCGGAGGUCCUAGCCCAGGAAAACGCCCUCUGCGGUGAAGGAGAGACCACGCCGCCAUGCCUCCCGCUGGGCCCCGUGCAGCGCUCCUUCUCCUGUCACUUCUGCUGCUGCUGCGCGCUGUUCUGACCGUGCCCCUGGAGCGGGGGGCGCCCAAGGAGGAGAAUCCCGCGACCGAAAGCCCCGACACAGGCCUGUACUACCACCGGUACCUCCAGGAAGUCAUCAAUGUGUUGGAGACGGACGGGCACUUCCGGGAGAAGCUGCAGGCCGCCAAUGCUGAGGACAUCAAGAGCGGGAAGCUGAGCCGGGAGCUGGACUUCGUCAGCCACCAUGUCCGCACCAAACUGGAUGAACUCAAGCGGCAGGAGGUGUCAAGGCUGCGGAUGCUGCUCAAGGCCAAGAUGGACGCCCAGCAGGAGCCCAAUGUACAGUUGGAUCACCUGAGCCUCCUGAAGCAGUUUGAACACCUGGACCCUCAGAAUCAGCACACAUUCGAGGCCCGGGACCUGGAGCUGCUGAUUCAGACAGCCACCCGGGACCUGGCCCAGUACGACGCAGCCCAUCAUGAAGAGUUCAAACGCUACGAGAUGCUCAAGGAACAUGAGAGACGCCGUUAUCUGGAGUCCCUGGGAGAGGAGCAGCGAAAGGAGGCAGAGAGGAAGCUGGAAGAGCAACAGCGCCGGCACCGAGAACACCCCAAAGUCAAUGUGCCUGGCAGCCAAGCCCAGUUGAAGGAGGUGUGGGAGGAACUGGAUGGAUUGGACCCCAACAGGUUUAACCCCAAGACCUUCUUCAUACUGCAUGAUAUCAACAGUGAUGGUGUCCUGGAUGAGCAGGAGCUGGAGGCCCUCUUCACCAAGGAGCUGGAGAAGGUGUAUGACCCAAAGAACGAGGAAGAUGACAUGCGGGAGAUGGAGGAGGAGCGGCUGCGCAUGCGGGAGCACGUGAUGAAGAAUGUGGACACCAACCAGGACCGCCUCGUGACCCUGGAGGAGUUCCUUGUAUCCACGCAGAGGAAGGAGUUCGGGGACACCGGGGAGGGCUGGGAGACAGUGGAGAUGCACCCUGCCUACACGGAGGACGAGCUGAGGCGUUUUGAGGAGGAGCUGGCUGCCCGGGAGGCAGAGCUCAAUGCCAAGGCCCAGCGCCUCAGCCAGGAAACCGAGGCUCUGGGGCGCUCCCAGGGCCGCCUGGAGGCCCAGAAGAGAGAGCUGCAGCAGGCCGUUCUGCAAAUGGAACAGAGGAAACAGCAGCAGCAAGUCCACAACAACCCAGCACCCGGCCCCGAGGGACGGCUCAAGUUCCACCCAGACACAGAUGAUGCACCUGUCCCAGCUCCAGCUGGUGACCAGAAGGCUGUGGAUCCUUCAGAAAAGAAAGUUCCAGAACAGACCCCCAAGCUGCCCCAGCUGGAGUCACAGCACCUGUAAUCCUUCUGGGACCCCAGUCCUCUGGGUUCCUACUGAAGCUGAUGGGAGGGGGAUGAGGUGUCACAAUCAACCUCCUUGGGGGGCCUGGCAACACCUGUGGCCUGCUGGGUGGGGUGGGGUGCGGGGAUAGGAUGGCACUUUCCAUACUGCUGCCCAAGCCCUGUAUCUGCUGCCUCAGCUUCCACAGCCUUCCAGUCUGUGGUCCCUUCUUUCUGUCCCCCUCCAAGGGACCUGCCUUCGCUUGUCCAGUCAAGUGCUCACCGGCUCAGCC